AUGGAUAUCUGCCAUCCCCAGGGUUUCCGAAUGGAACCUCAUUUCACAGCUCCCACUGGUGUUGAGAACUUGGAGCUUGGACAGAGAGAGGGAAACGAACACCCCCCCAGCUCCGCCCGCGGAUCGGAAUCUACCUCGCACGACGCCAAGACGCGUUCGCAAUCUCCAGACGGCGAAGAUAGUGCCUUCAUCCCGAGGCUUCCAUUACUUGGUGGUGAGGCUCUUUUUUCUGGUCACGCCGCUAGAGUUCGUACGAUAUAUUCCAUCGUCGACUAG